UGUUCCAAUUGCGCUUCCAUACUCAGUUGGCGUAAUGGAACCUCUCUGUGAAAACUCAACUUCUACGGCGGUCGUCGCCGGCGACGGCGACAAGCCUUCGCCGGCGGCACGGCCGCGUCCUAAGCGUUUCGUGAAGAACCAAAUCCCGGACUCCAUACUAAACGAUGCGGCUCUCAACGCCGCCAUCUCCCUCCUCCCAGCCAACUACAACUUCGAGAUUCACAAGUGCGUUUGGCGCAUCCGCUCCACGGGGGCAAAGCGCGUCGCUCUGCAGUUCCCGGAGGGCCUCCUCAUGUACUCCCUCGUCAUCGUCGAUAUCCUCUCCACGUUCACUUCCGCCGCCCACUGUUUCGUCCUCGGCGACGUCACCUACGGCGCCUGCUGCGUCGACGACCUCUCCGCCGCGGCGCUCUCUGCUGACCUCCUCAUACACUACGGCCACAGCUGCCUGGUGCCUAUCGACACCACCACAAUCCCCUGCCUCUACAUCUUCGUUGAAAUCGCCAUUGAUGUACGCAAGCUUCUCCACGAGUUAAAAGUCAAUUUUGCCCCUGAGCAGUAUGAUAAUUUCAUUAUGGCUGGGACUAUUCAGUUUGCCGGUGCAAUUCGAGCUGUGAAACCCGAGCUGGAAAAGCUAGGGUUUAGGGUUUUGGUACCUCAAGCUAAACCCCUAUCAGCUGGAGAAGUGUUGGGCUGCACUGCUCCAAGUGUUAGUAAGAUUUGUAGUCCAGACAAUGCAGUUCUGAUCUUCGUUGCUGAUGGUAGGUUUCAUUUGGAAGCAUUUAUGAUUGCUAAUCCAGGGAUAAGGACAUAUAGGUAUGAUCCAUACAUAGGGAAGUUGUUUCUUGAGGAGUAUGAUCAUGAUGGGAUGAAGGAGGAGAGGAGAAGAGCAAUUGAGAAGGCAAAGGAAGCCAAGAACUGGGGAGUAGUGUUGGGGACUUUAGGGCGGCAAGGAAAUCCAAGGAUUUUGGAUAGGUUGGAGAAGAAGAUGGAGGAGAAAGGGAUGACUUGGACAGUGAUUAUGAUGUCAGAGAUAUCUCCUGCCAGGAUUGCAUUGUUUGAGGAUUCGGUGGAAGCUUGGAUUCAAAUCGCUUGCCCUCGGCUGUCCAUUGAUUGGGGAGAUGCAUUUGGGAGACCGCUUUUGACACCCUUUGAAGCAGAGAUUGCUUUGGGUGAUCUACCCGGCUGGUGGGAGAGGAAAUCAGCUGUGAAUUCCGGUGGCAGUUCCAAGAAUGGUUCAGAAAGUUCAAAGAACGAAUCUUGCUGCUCGUGCAAUAAUGCUGGCUUGAAAGCGAAGGAAGAGGCUGUGGUGGAUUACCCAAUGGAUUAUUAUGCUCAGGAUGGAGGGGAGUGGAAUUCUUGCUAUUCUAAGAAGCCUGCUAGACCUUCACAGAGAAGUACACAAUGCUGUCGAAGUUAGGAUGGUUUGUGCUUAUUGUCAAAUACCAACAUGCCAUCGGAGCAUUCGUAUAUCUAAAUGAGUGUAGCUUUGGUAAUGAAGCCUUUGCCUUGCGGAUUUGUUGUUCACAUACAAAUUUGAGUUUCCUUCUUUAUGCUGAUCUUGUUGGUGUUGCUAAGUCUAGAUUUAUGUAAUUUUUAUUCGUUUUCUUUCCUCCGAGAAAUUUUGAUUUUGUUCAAACCUAGGGCCGUUUUGAUGCUGCCUUGGGGGAAGAUAUAGAUUCCCAUUAGGCCAUUAUACUUGUAUUCUUGAUUGAUUGAUGACCAUAUUUAGAUUUUUGAACAUGAAAAAUGAUGUUUAUUGCC